AUGGACGCCGUCUUCCACGCUAGUCCUCUCUCCAUCACGCGCUUAGGCGCAUCAUCCUCUUCUUCUCCGUCUCUACUUCCGUCGAGAUUAUUCGCCGUCCAGCUCGGCCACCAAUUCACUUUCUCUCUCAUCUUCCCUUCCAAAUCCCGAAGUCCUUCAGCUUCUUCCGCCACGUUGACGGCGAAAUCCUCUUCGCCAAGAAGCGGAGUGUACACUGUUGGUGAGUUCAUGACGAAGAAGGAGGACUUGCACGUGGUGAAACCUACGACUACUGUGGACGAAGCUCUGGAAAUCCUUGUGGAGAACAGAAUCACAGGAUUUCCUGUGAUAGACGAAGACUGGAAAUUGGUUGGGCUUGUUUCGGAUUAUGACUUGUUGGCUUUGGACUCCAUAUCUGGUAGUGGAAGAACAGAAAAUUCCAUGUUCCCUGAGGUUGACAGCACCUGGAAAACUUUCAACGCAGUGCAAAGGCUACUCAGCAAAACCAAUGGGAAGCUUGUUGGAGACCUAAUGACACCAGCUCCAGUAGUUGUUGAGGAAAAUACAAACCUAGAAGAUGCUGCUAAAAUAUUACUGGAGACAAAAUAUCGGCGGCUCCCUGUGGUAGAUUCCGAUGGCAAAUUGGUUGGUAUUAUCACAAGAGGAAACGUGGUUAGAGCUGCGCUUCAAAUAAAACGCACUGGUGAUUGGAAUGCUUGA